GCCGAGCCAGCGGCGACCAUUUCGCCUCCUGCUCCCGCUCCUCCUCUUCCUCCCCCCACUUGCUCCACGGACCACGGACCUCCCAGCUCCCUCGCCUCCACCUGUCCGCCCGCCUUCUCGCCGGAGCAAGUCGGGCCUGGAGCGUCUGCGCGCCCUCACCGCCGGAUCCCACCUCUGCCCUCUCCAGCUCGUCGCCGCCGGACACCCCCAAGCUCGCGACCCCCAGAAUGAGAAUCCAACACUUAGGCAAUCAUGUGGAUCCUGGCACCCCUACCGGGAGAAAAUCACCGGAGAUUACUACAACUAGUCCACUCGUGAACGGAGAAAAGAGUAAACUCUGGGAUCAGAUUGGAGGACAAGGUGCACUUGCAAGUCCCAUGAGGAGAGAGAUUGGGAACAGAUCUUUGAUGAGGUCCUUCUCUGUUGAUGACGUUGACUUGGAAGAUGUUGAGGCCUCAAAAGAUAGAGAUAGGCCGUCACACUUCCUCAGGCUCCCAAACAUUCAGAAUCAGUCUCUUCUAUCUGGUCUUGCUUACUGUAUAGCAUCCUGCAGCAUGAUUUUGGUUAACAAGUUUGUUUUGUCUGGCUAUGGUUUUAAUGCUGGAAUAUUUCUGAUGCUUUACCAGAACAUUGUAUCGGUGACCAUAGUUUCCACACUGUCCCUCUCCGGUGUUAUCUCAACUGAACCACUAACAUGGAAGUUAAUCAAAGUUUGGUUGCCUGUGAACAUCAUAUUUGUCGGAAUGCUAAUUACAAGCAUGUUUAGUUUGAAGUACAUCAAUGUUGCGAUGUUGACUAUAUUGAAGAAUGUCGCCAAUGUUCUUACUGCUUCUGGGGAAACCUACUUCUUUAAGAAGCAGCAUGAUAGACAAGUUUGGAUUUCUCUAAUGUUGAUGAUAAUCUCAGCCAUUGCAGGAGGAGUAACAGAUCUGUCAUUUCAUGCAGUCGGCUAUACAUGGCAGAUCUUAAACUGUUUUUUAACAGCAUCGUAUUCGCUUACAUUGAGGCAUGUAAUGGAUAGUGCGAAGGAAGCCACCAGAUCUGGGAAUUUGAAUGAGCUUUCGAUGGUUUUACUGAAUAAUAUUCUUUCACUACCAUUGGGAGUUAUCCUCGUGCUUGGUUUUAAUGAAGUGGAGUACCUGUUGGAAACGCCUCUCCUGAGGAUGCCUACGUUUUGGCUAGUCAUCACUGCUAGCGGGGUUUUGGGGCUCGCUAUCAGCUUCACUUCGAUGUGGUUUCUUCGUCAGACAAGCGCAACAACAUAUAGCCUUGUAGGUUCCCUCAACAAGAUCCCACUUUCCAUUGCCGGAAUCCUUCUCUUCAAAGUCCGCACGAGCAUGGAGAAUUCCAUCAGCAUUCUGUUCGGGCUAUUAGCAGGAGUAUUUUUCGCCAGGGCAAAAUUGCGCGAAAACUCCCAGUCAUAGAUGUUCCAUAUCCCAUUCCUACCAGAGGGCAGGAUUGCGGUCAUCAUAAAAAAAAGCAGUCUGCUCCCUCAAACCAGACUGGGAAAUUUGUGCAGGUGUGAGGUUGUUUCCCAGCUGGCAAGACAAGAGACAACGUCAUGUUAGUUAGCCUGGUGCUUCGUUUUGUUUUUGCUCUCGAAGCCGUCCUGGAUCUUCUCUUGUCGUCGCUCUUGUGGUUGGUUGGUGGAUGGUGGCAUAUAUACGUCCUCUGUAAGAUACAUGGUUAGAUGCUGCUGAAAUCCCAGGCAGUCGGGGAUAUAGAUGAUUGGGUAAAUACACAUAUACAGGUAGUAAUUCUUGGGUUGGAGGUUCUCCUCUGAAACCAACUCGGCUGGGCAGAUCGCUGCUGUAUAUUCUCUCAUCUCUUUUGAGAAAUGUCUUUCUGGUUUA